GGUUUGUCUUAAAAGUCCAUCGCCUCGUUUAAUUGUACCGAAAGGCUGGGCAAGUUCUGAGCAGCAGCCAAACCUGUUGGAUUUCAUUAUGGAUAUUAUGGUCGACUGCCACUUCUCUCCGUCCGACCUGUUUUAUGAUCAUUCUUGUCUCUCGUCGCCCGAGGAGCCAGAGUUCGGAGAAGAGUUUGAGCACGGCGCACUUGUGUUUCGAGAUAAUAAGUUGGAGUCCCGCGGCCCGGAGGAAGAGAAACAUGUCAGGGCCCCGAGCAGCCACCACCAGGCUGCGGGCCACUGUCUCCUCUGGGCUUGCAAAGCCUGCAAGCGGAAAAGUUCCAGCACCGACAGGCGGAAGGCGGCCACCAUGAGGGAGAGGAGGAGGCUUAAGAAAGUCAACCAGGCUUUCGAGACGCUGAAGAGGUGCACCAGCUCCAACCCGAACCAGAGGCUGCCUAAAGUGGAGAUUCUGAGAAACGCCAUCAGUUACAUCGAGAGUCUGCAGGAGCUCCUGAGGGAACAAGUGGCGAGUUACUACAGUCUCCCUGACAAUGUCAGCUCAGAGCCAGCAAGUCCCACGUCCAAUUGCUCGGAUGAAAUGAUGGGAUGCAACAGCCCCGUCUGGUCUAGAAGGAACGUCAGUUUUGACCGCAUUUAUUGUUCGGAAUUACAGAACGUUUGUCCCAGCAGCCGUGGUCUGGCUGUUUCCAGUCUGGACUACCUGUCCAACAUAGUGGAGCGGAUUUCACCUUCCCUGGAGCGCUGUCCUGUUUCAGGUCAGGAUGGAAGGACCAUGUCUCCGCCUGUCAGCGAUUCCUCGCAGCCGGCCACUCCCAGCCAGCCGGUUUAUCACGUUCUUUAAACCCCCCAAAAGCCGCAGGCCUUCAGUAUGGCCGCUUCCACCCCAGAACACAACAGCCUUUGUAUUCAAAGCUUCAAUCAUAAGUUGUUCUCUAAGUUAGACCACUUUCUACUGUAUAUUUGUAAAUAGCGUAAUAUUCGUUAGUCGACAACAAAAUAAUUGUAUUUAAAAACUGAAUAA